GUUUCUAGGCUCUCGCCUGGUGAUUUGCCGUUUCCUGGUUCUUUUGAACGUGAGUUUUGGUUUCCUGGCUCCAGGCAAGGGAGUGGCUCCUUCUCUCCCUUGCAUCCAGUUCGUGGUCACCACCGCAGACAGCAGGAGCCAUGGGGAUCUGGGCGUCGCAUCUCUACUCUGUGCCGCCUGAGAAGCUGGAUGAACUGAUCGAGAACUCCCUGAGGCCCUAUGGGGAAUGUCAGAAGCACAUCGAUGACACGGUGAACGCCGUCUGUGCCGUCCUGCAGGAAAUGGAGCAGAUCCCCCGCACGAUAAGUGUGGUGAAAGGCGGCUCCUAUGGCAGGAAAACGGUGUUGAGGGGCAGCUCUGAUGGGACCAUCAUCAUCUUUGUCAGUGACCUUGAGCAGUUCCAGGAUCAGAAGAAAAACCAAGAUAAAAUCCUCAGUAAGAUCUGGCAGUGUCUGAAAGACUGUCAGCUCACAAUGAAGCUGCCGGCCAGAAUGGAGGUCCAGGGGUUCCACAGAGGGCUCACCUUCCAGCUGUCCACAAAGUGGCAGACUAUCGCUUUUGAGGUGCUGCCUGCGUACAACGCGCUGGGCUUAAGCGAGAAGCCCAGCCCGCAGACCUACCGCGAGCUCAGAAGAGCCUUGGACACGGCAAAAGCACAGCCCGGCGAGUUCUCCGUCUGCUUCGCAGAACUCCGGCAGAGGUUUUUCCAUAACCGUCCCAGAAAGUUGAGGGAUUUGAUCCUCUUGGUAAAGUACUGGUACCAACAGUGCCAGGAAAAGAUGAAAGGUUUACCCCAGUCGGCCGUAUACGCUCUGGAGCUGCUUACAGUCUAUGCCUGGGAACAGGGGUGCAGAGCAGAAAACUUUGACAUGGCUGAAGGCCUCAGAACUGUGCUGGGGCUAAUCAGACAGCAGGAACAGCUGUGUGUCUAUUGGAUAAUCAACUACAACUUCGAGAAUGAGACGGUCCGGAACAUUCUGCUGAGCCAGCUCCGAUCGUUGAGGCCAGUAAUCUUGGAUCCAGCUGACCCAACCAAUAAUGUGAGCAAAGAUAAGGCUUGUUGGCAACUUCUAAAGCAAGAAGCUCAGAGCUGGUUGUCUUCUCUCAGCCCGAAUGAGUCACCUGGACCAUCGUGGAAUGUUCUGCCAGCGCCGCUGUUCACCACCCCGGGCCAUCUUCUAGACAAGUUCAUCAAGGACUUUCUCCAGCCCAACAAACAAUUCCUAGACCAGAUCGCGGUAGCUGUUGACUUCAUCUGUAAAUUCCUUCAAAAAAAUUGCUUUCGACGUUCAGCAACAAAGGUUCAGAAGAUUGUCAAGGGAGGGUCGACGGGCAAAGGCACAGCUCUGAAGACUGGCUCGGAUGCCGACCUCGUCGUGUUCCCAGACUCGCUUAAAAGCUACGCCUCCCAAAAAAACGAGAGAUGCUGUAUCAUCAAGGAAAUCCAUAAACAGCUGGUAGCCUGUCAGCAGGAGAAAGAGUUUGCAGUGAAGUUUGAGAUUUCCAAAUGGAAGGCUCCCAGGGUGCUGAGCUUCUCUCUGAGAUCCAAAGUGCUCAACGAAAGCGUGAACUUUGAUGUGCUGCCUGCGUUUAAUGCACUCGGUCAACUGAAUUCUGGCUCCCCACCCAGCCCCAAGGUCUACGCUGAGCUCAUCGAUCUGUAUAAAUCCUCAGACACCGAGGGCGGAGAAUUUUCUACCUGUUUCACGGAGCUGCAAUGCAACUUCGUUGUUUCCCGGCCCACCAAGCUGAAGGAUCUAAUUCGUCUGGUGAAACACUGGUACAAACAGUGUGAAAGGAAACUGAAGCAAAAGGGGUCUCUGCCCCCAAAGUACGCCUUGGAGCUGCUCACCAUCUACUCCUGGGAGCAGGGGAGUGGAGCAGAGAAUUUCGACACCGCGGAAGGUUUCCGGACCGUCCUGGAGUUGAUCACAAAAUACCAGCAGCUCUGUGUCUUCUGGACGGUCAAUUACAGCUUUGAGGAUGAGACUGUGAGGAACUUCCUACUGACCCAGAUCCAGAGAACCAGGCCCGUGAUCUUGGACCCAGCUGACCCCACCGGUGACGUGGGCGGAGGGGACAGAUGGUGUUGGCAUCUCCUAGCAAAAGAAGCUACCGAAUGGUUGUCCUCUUUCUGCUUCAAAGAUGGGACUGGAUAUCCUGUACGAUCGUGGAAAGUGCCAGUAAGAAUAAUCUAAAGGCAGUGGCCUCUGGAGAUGCCCCCGUGACACACGCUGAAAUCCAAGAACGUCCUCUGCUGUAGCAACUUGGAAUUUAUUCCACCACAAAAAACAGAUAGCCCAACUCAGGAGCUGAGAACAAAACAAAACAGGCUUUUUUUUUUUUUUUCUUCCCAUGACAAGCAAUCUUAAGGCAGGGGACCCAGGACUCACACAACAGCUCUAUGAGCGGCCUUUCUCCACCCGGGCACUGUGGGCUUGUAGGGGUGGGCUCGUUCUUUGUGCUGGGGGUCGUCCUGGGCAGGGUCGGAUGCCGAGGGGCAUCCCUGGUCUCCAUGCCCUGGAGGCCAGUAGCGGCACCUGCCAUGGUGGCCAUCAGAAAUGUCUGCAGACAUUGCCAAAUGUCCCUGGGGCGUCACCGGCUCUUUCUGGUGACACGUUCUUUAGGCGUUGAUUUUCGUCCUGAUCACACUGCAUCUCAGGCAGCAGGUUCGAGUCCUGGCAGGAGGAGCAGUGAGGGGGGAGACACUUACCUGGGUAUCUCAUUAGAAGCCUCAUCCAGCAAAUUCUCUUACGUUUCAUUGCCUAGAACAGUCAUGAGGCUCCCCGUAACUUAAAAGUGACUCCAAAAAGGGGGGGUAUGUGGGGCGGGGGUCUUCACUGUGGAUGGAGGUUGGCUCAGCUGACCGAGAGUGUGUCACACCUGUGAAAAGCUCCACCUCCUUCCGAGAUACCUGUCACCAGGUACACCUGGCUGUCCCACCAGCUUCUUUCUCGACAUUCUUUUAAAGCAGGUUUUCUCAGCCUCAGCAGCUACUGACAUUCGGGCUGGAUAAUUCUUUGUCAUGGGGGGUGGGGGUACAGGGUUGAGCAGCACCCCAAAUCUCUACCCUCUAGACGCCACCCAGUCUGGACCAUGAAAAAUGUCUCAGGAUGUGGCCUCAUGUCCUGUGGGAAGCAACACCGCCCCCGGGGGAGAACCUAACUCCAGAAGACCUGCCCAGCUCUGGAGUUCGCUUCAGUUAUCCGAUCUGCACUAUAACCAGUACCAAAAAAUUGUCCCUGGUAAUACUAACCCUCUCAGAUACACUUCCUUCUUCGUUUUCUCUGACUCUUUUAACCAGUGGUUUUCGCUGCUUAGGAUACGUCUUAUUCUGGCGCGUGUAUUUCUCUCUAGACAGUGCAGACGCCAGGCAGCUGUGGCCUGGGGAUGCGUCCUAUUGUCAAUGAGAUGUUCUCAUUCAGAAGUCGUGGAAUCCUGGAAUGUAAUGCUAGAAGAGACUUCUAGAGGUCAUCUGACAGCUGCCUUUUAAAGAAUCACCUUGCUGUCACCACCAGGUCCGCUGUCCUCUCCUCCUCUCGCUCCUUUGACUCCUCUCAUAUCAAGACCACCAAGUCCUUCAUAGCAUCACCCUGCUGAGUGCUUGCUCGCAAGUCACCCGCCUUCCUGGACACCUGCGCUCCCGCCAGCUUCACGGGUGCCAGUGUUCUGUCAGCCACUGUGUGUUUUCCAAUGAGCUCCUUCCUUUUCCUUCAAGCCUAAGCAGACGGGUCUCCCCGUAUCCCCAAAGGGAAGCCCUCUACCUGCCUCUUGGUUCCUAUAAUUCCACGAUCUUGCUCUCUCACUCCUCCACCUGGCCCACGGAACCCUGUGUGCCCUUGUGGGUUGAAGUCUCCCCAGCCAGUGGGGAGCCAACGUCUUCUUUGCCCCGUAAACUCUCCAAAGGCUUGGAUUAUAAUUGUUGCCUCACAUACAUGAUAGCUUAUUGUCUUUUCCUCCUGUGCCUACCUUUACCCCCCAACCAUGAGGAGUGUCUUCUUGCAAAAUCUCAAGGCUUUAUGCUCUGGGUGUACCUUCAGAGAUACUUGGAUGUCUAAGUGUUUUAACCUCAAAUAUCCACUUAAAGUUUUCUUACCACCACAUAGACCACGACACCAACUGUCAGAGAAUCAAGAGUAUAUCUAGUCUUUUCCCCACCUUCUGGCACAGAGUUUCAGAACCCCCUUGGAAUGUCCCCCGUAGGAGAGUCUUUGGCGUUCCUAAGGAGCCCUAUCCAACCAUCCCUCAGUUUAUGCUAACGAGGUCUGGGCCCUUCGGUAAGAAUGCCAAAGGAGGGAUCGGCCACGCCAGCGAUGCCAGGCAUGUGAUGAGAGGGUUGAAACUUUCAGCACCAUCCCCCCAACCUCCCAAGAGCAGAGGGGGCUGUAGACCUGAGUUCAAGCACAUGGCUAAUGCUCUCAUGAGUCAUGCCUUUGUAAUGAAACCCCAGUAAAGACUCUGGAUGCAAGGCUUGGAAAGCUCCCUGGUUGGUGGGCAGAGCAGUGCGUGGUGACGAUGACGCAUCCUCAGUCCGUGGGGAAGGGCUUCUGCGCUCGGGACUCCUGCAGCCCUCACCUCCUGUGUAUCGCUUCCUCUGCCUGUUCACGUACAUCCUUUGUAAUAAGAUGGUGAUUGUAAGUAUGGCA